CAUUCCCUGGAACCAGUGGACUUCCUCUCUGCUUGUCUGGGUCACCCUGUCUGCCCGUCGCUGGCCCCAGGCUCGCUCUCUGGCCCCAGCCCUCUUCUCUCUCUCUCCCUCAGCAGCUGUCUCUCUCGUGCCCGCUGGCCUCUCUCCUUCCCCGCAGUCGCCUCCUUCUCUGCCUGCCUGGGUGGCCGCCAUGGGCCGGAAGCGGCUCAUCACUGACUCCUACCCUGCAGUGAAGAGGAGGGAGGGCCCCGCUGGGCACAGCAAGGGGGAGCUGGCACCAGAGUUAGGGGAAGAGCCCCAGCCCCUGAGCGUGGAUGAAGCAGAGCUGGAGCUGCUGAGGCAGUUUGAUCUCGCCUGGCAGUAUGGGCCCUGCACAGGGAUCACACGGCUGCAGCGCUGGUAUCGGGCGGAACAGAUGGGCUUGGAGCCUCCCCCAGAAGUGCGUCAGGUGCUACAGACCCACCCUGGAGAUCCCCGCUUCCAGUGCAGCCUCUGGCAUCUCUAUCCCCUUUGAGGCACCACCUAAGACCUCCUGCCCGCUAUCCCAGAACCUCAAGACACAAGUGAGAGCCGGUUGCUGCCCCCUUGGCUCAGUUCUGCUGUGAAGAACUUUUGGCAGGAAAAGAGCCUCAUAGAGAAAAGAGGCUGAAUCUGGAGGUCUCUGAGGCUCAGCCCUCCAUCUAACCAGCAGGCUUCUGGAGGCCCUCUGAGAGCCAACACAGCUGAAGCUUGCACUUCCUACGUGGAGAAUGGUGUCUGAGGAC